AUGGUAGGAAACCAAACUGAUGAAGGCUUCUUUUGGCUCCUGGGCCUUUCCAAUGAUCUUCAGCUCCAGAUUCUCCUCUUUGUCCUUUUCUUGUUAAUUUACCUGUUAACUGUCGUGGCAAAUGUUAUGAUCAUGCUGGCUGUGAAAUCCAACCCUAAUCUUCAGAACCCCAUGUACUUCUUCUUGAGUCAUCUGUCUUUCAUUGAUGUCUGUUAUUCAUCUGUCACACUCCCAAAGAUGCUGGAGAACACCAUUGCCAAAGAGAAGACUAUAUCUGUCAGGGGAUGCUUUGCUCAGACAUUCUUUAUUUUGUUUACAGCCAGUACAGAGGUUUUCAUGCUCUGCUCAAUGGCUUAUGAUAGGUACUGUGCCAUAUGCAAGCCACUGCAUUACAUGAACAUCAUGAAUAUAGCAUUCAGUUGUAAGCUAGUGGCUACUUCAUGGACAAUUGGAUUCUUGCAUUCCAUUGUAAACACGUUGCCACUGUUAAGGUUAGAAUUCUGUGGGUCAAACAUCAUAAAGCACUUCAGCUGUGAGCUGCCUUCCAUCCUUUCUUUGUCCUGCUCUGACACAUUCAUGAAUAAAAUGUUGUUCGUUGUGUCUGCAGACAUACUUGGUGGAGUCUCCAUUUUUCUCACUGUGGUCUCCUACAUUCGUAUCAUUUCUACCAUCCUGAGGAUCACCUCCACGAAGGGAAAGCAGAAAGCUUUCUCUACCUGCAGCUCCCACCUCAGUGUAGUGACUCUUUUCUUUGGGACAAGUUAUUUACGCUAUCUUAGACCAAGCUCAGCAUCAUCAGUGGUUUGGGAUGAAAUUCUUUCCAUACAAUACAGCAUCCUCACGCCAUUACUAAACCCCAUCAUCUACAGUUUACCAAACAAGGAGUUGAAGGCAUCAUUUAAGAAGAUAUUAAAAUGGUGA